AUGGCUACCCCGCCUGUACUAUCUUUCGAUACUGAGGGCCGCCCAGUGAAGUUUGAUACUUGGCUUGAUGACCUGCACCUCUUCCUGCAGCUCACUGCCAAGGAGGAUAUCUCCCUGUAUGACCACGCCCUCGGCCAUGCUCCUGCCCCUGCUACUGAUGCUGACAGCACUACCCGCUCACAGUGGCAGACUCGUGACGCUCACGCUCGCUUUGCCAUCCGCAACUCCCUGCCGUUAGAUGAGCGCGAGCACUUUGGCCAGUGCAAGACAGCUAGGGACCUCUACACCGCUGUAGUUGCCCGCUACUCCUCACCCGCUUCUGCUACGCUAGGCCGCCUCACUCUUCCCUACCUGUUCCCCGACCUAGCCUCCUUUCACACUGUCGCAGACCUCAUCACCCACCUUAAGACUAUCAGGGACCACUUCCUCUCUCGCUCCCCCACUGAGCUCACUGUUGCCCUCCUCGAGAAGGAACUGCUUGCAGCUGAGGCGAGCAUCGUCGCUGUAGGCACCUCUCGUGGCGACCCCCGCACCCCGUUCUUCGAGGGGUGUUCCCCUUCCCCCCUCCUCCCCUCUGUCGCCUCUGCUGCUGCUGUCGACCUCCUUGGUGCUGAGAAGGUCGGGACCGCGUCUGCUUCGAGCGGGCGCCGCAGGGGCAAAGGGGGCAGGGGUGGGGGUGGUGGCGGAGGAGGUGGGGGUGGAGGCGGUGGGAGUGGAGGCGCGGCUGAGGAGGCUAGUGGCGGUAGUGGGGGAGGCGACAGCAGCGGCGGGAGUGGUGGCAGGGGCGGAGGCGACAGCGGAGGCGGAGGUGGUCGUGGUGGCGGCAGGGGUGGAGGUGGCCGGGGCGGAGGCGGAGGGGGUGGUAGUCGUGGGGGCACUGGCGGAGGGCAGAGUCAGCAGUCCGCCCCGACGCUUCAGGCCGCCCGUGAGUGGUAUGCGCAGCGUGGCUUUACCUGCACGUACGUCAUUCGCACAGGUGACCGCCGCGGCCAGCAGUGUGGGAGGCCGCACCCCACGCAGCGCUGCUUCGCCCGCCUUACCGACGCGUGGCGCACCCAGUUUCCUACUGCCACUGAGCUGCCGCGCUGGCCUGAGCUGGAAAAGAGGGGCGUUGAUAUUUGGGCUUUAGACUUUGAUGCUAUUCUCACUGCCAUGUAUGCGAUGUCUAUUAGUGGAGAGGGUGCUCAGUACUUGCGUGUUCCGCCCGACCCGGGCAUUCAGGCCAGUCCGGCUGCCGCUCUAGGUGCUAGUGCGUCCCCUCCCGCAGGUCCUGGUGAGGCUGCUGCCCUAGGUGCUAGUGCGUCUGUGCCCCCCGGUACUGAGUCGACUGCAGCACUGCACACCUUCACACUGGACUCCGGUGCUUCUCGCUCUUUCUUUCGUGACCGCACUGUCCUUGAGCCCCUCGCUCGGCCAGUUGCUGUCUCCCUUGCUGACCCCUCUGGGGGUCCGGUCAUUGCGACCUCCUCCACUGUCCUUCCUUGUCCGGCGGUCCCGUCCGGCACGCUGUCAGGUCUCUACCUCCCCUCGUUCUCUACGAACUUGGUGGCAGGUAGUGCGCUCCAGGACGGGGGUGUUCACCAGUUCACCCCUGCCUACGAGCGCGUGACACACUGCACGUAG